CAAGGCCAUUCAAGUACUUCAUCUAAAAGACACAAUAGGAUGUCCAAAUCUGUUGAUCUUUCUCAUCUUUAUCUUUUGGAUAGAAAUGAAUCAACUCAUUUCACUUUAACCAAUGAAAGUUUAUCAGAUGUUUCUCAUAAUUUGAUUAAGCAAUACCUUGGUGAAAACUCCUCUUCUUCUUUAUUACCAAGAAUGAAAACUAUUGAGAUGUACAGAAAAAAUGUCAAGAAAUCAAAUGAUCCAAAAGUUUUAUUCCAAUAUGCUCAAUAUAUGUUGCAAACAGCCUUGACUAUUGAUUCAAUUGAUAAUGAUACAAACCAAGAAGAAGCUCAACUGAAGAAACAAUUUUUAAAAGAAGCUGUUCAUUAUUUGAAAAAAUUGUCUGAUAAAGGCUAUACAGAUGCUCAGUACUUGUUGGGUGAUGCUUAUAGCUCAGGUGCUUUAGGGAAAGUUGAAAAUAGAGAAGCUUUCAACUUGUUUCAAAUUGCUGCAAAGCAUGGCCAUGUUGAAUCUGCUUAUAGAACUUCUUAUUGUUAUGAAGAAGGUUUAGGUGUAUCAAGAGAUUCAAGAAGAGCCAUCGAGUUUUUAAAAUUUGCUGCUUCUAAAAAUCAUCCUGCAUCAAUGUAUAAAUUGGGUGUUUAUUCAUUUUAUUCAAGAAUGGGAUUACCUGACAAUGUUAACGUUAAAAAGAACGGUAUUCAAUGGUUAACAAGAGCUGUUACAAAAGCUAAUGAGUUGACAAAUGGUGCUCCUUAUGAAUUGGGGAAAAUUCAUGAAAAUGGGUUCCUAGAUAUUGUUAUUCCAGAUCGCAAAUAUGCAAUGGAAUUAUAUAUUCAAGCUGCUUCUUUAGGCCAUGUUAAAUCUGCAGCAAUAUUAGGUAAAGCUUAUGAAAUUGGUGAUGAUAUCAUACCUCAAGACUCUGAUUUAUCAAUUCAUUAUUACACUCAAGCUGCUUUAGGUGGUGAUUCUGAAUCAAUGCUUUCACUAUGUGCUUGGUAUUUAGUUGGUAAUCCACCAAACCUCGAAAAAGAUGAAAGAGAAGCAUUCCAAUGGGCUUUGAGAGCUGCAAAUUCAAAUUUACCAAAAGCUCAAUUUGCAAUGGGUAAUUUUUAUGAAAAAGGAUUAGGAUGUGAUAAAGAUAUAGAAAUGGCUAAAAAUUGGUAUAAAAGAGCUGCUGAAAAUAAUGAUGAAAGAGCAAAAGCAAAAUUG